AUGUGGGUCGGAUGGCUCGCCCCGGCCCGCAAUGCUGGAUCCAGCGAGGACGACUCCCUACGUCCUAUCGAGUAUCUCUCGGAGAUGGGCCAAGCUGUGGCGAUAAUCCAAUCUGCCUUGUUUCGAACGGCUGUUUCCUUUGCAAUCCUGCAACUGCUGCAUUCUGCGCGGUUCUCCGUCACAUCACCCCCCGUCUGCCCUCUCAUCGUUUCUCAUCCAACGAUUCCCUCUGUCCAGCUGCAACCCGUCAGCACCGGCUUCACCUCGUCGCCAGCCGGUGCACACAGUGCCUCACCCUGUUCCGCAACCCUCCAACGUGGACCGCUCUCCACCACACAAUCCCCGUCAAAACACGACGGACCACCUGCCGAUCGUCCAAACUGGACAUCAUCCUGCAACGUCAGCCCCGUGUGGUAUCCAAUCAUGCCGCUAACUCUCUGGGCUCUCCUCCACUCGGGCGCAUCCACCGCAUCCAUUGCACAAACCGGGUCUGCAGAUGCCAUCACCGCGAGUCCACAGCACUGGCUCUCAAUGGUGCCAACGAGGUUGGCCGAGCACUGCACGCUGCGACUCUGCACGCGCCAUGCUGGAUAG